GUUAUUAUGUUUUUAUACAAUCUAACGUUACAAAGACCUUCUGCUAUCUAUUUCUCUGUACACGGUAGUUUCUCUGCACCGAGAGCUAUUGAGUUGGUUCUUGGUCGUCAAACCUCGUUGGAGUUGGUGAGGCCCGAUGAGCAAGGACACUUGAAAAGCUUAUGUUUCCAAGAAAUAUACGGUAUCAUUCGCUCUCUUAAAGCAUUUCGUUUAACUGGCGCCAAGAGAGACUAUCUAUUGAUCGGUAGUGACUCUGGGAAAAUUACGGUACUUUUAUACAAUCCUUCCACUUAUUGCUUUGAAAGAGUUCAUAUCGAAACUUUUGGAAAGUCUGGAUGUAGGAGAAUCGUACCUGGAGAAUAUCUAGCUACUGACCCUAAAGGACGAGCUUGUAUGAUUGGCGCUAUCGAAAAGCAAAAGUUUGUCUACGUAUUUAAUAGAGAUGCUUUAGAGAAUUUGACAAUAUCAUCCCCUUUGGAAGCUCACAAGUCUUCGUUUAUUUGCAAUGACAUAAUUGGUUUGGAUGUCGGUUUUGAGAACCCCAUUUUUGCUGCCUUAGAAAGAGCCUAUGACCCUCCAGAAAGUCCAAAAACUUUGGUUUUCUAUGAAUUGGACUUGGGAUUGAAUCACGUUGUACGUAAAUUGGCUACUCCUGUGGAAGCUGAUGCCUACAAGGUUCUUCCUGUUCCAGGUGGUAGGGAUGGUCCUGGUGGUGUUAUAGUCUGUAGUCUUCAACAUAUACGUUAUAAGACUCUACAAAAUAAUUUACCCGAUUAUAUCUGUUCUAUUCCAUUAAGAGAAAAGAAUAUUUCACCAACUGAAAGAGGUAACUUGGUGGUAGCUUUUGCUCUGCAUCGACAAAAAGGUUUAUUCUUUUAUUUGUUGUGUACUGAAUUGGGUGAUUUGUUCAAGUUGGAAAUGGACUGUACUACAAUAGAAGAAGAAGAAGAAGGUUCCGAUAUUGUUAUGAAAGAAAUGAGAAUUCGUUAUUUGGAUAGUUUACCUUGUCCUGUGAAUGAUAUGUGUAUUUUAAGAAAUGGAUUUUUAUUUGUUGCUUCGGAAUAUGGCAAUCAUGGAUUUUAUCAGUUUCGAAGUCUUGGAAGAGAACAAGACUUUUGUUGUGUUGGAGUAGAGGAUUCCAAAUGGUCAAAUGAGCCUGUUUAUUUCUCUCUUCAUAACAAUUUGGAAAAUUUGUUAUUGAUUGAAGAAAUAGAAUCUUUGGCUCCUUUAACUUGUUGGCAAAUUGGAGAUUUCUAUGGAGAAGGAUCUCCACAAAUUGUUGUAGGAAGUGGUAGACGUCAUCGAGGUUCUUGGAAAACUUUGCGUCUCGGCUAUCGUUGGACCGAAAUGGCAGUUUCUGAACUUCCAGGAUAUCCUGUUGGAGUGUUUACUGUACGAGAACAACAACAAGACUCGUAUGAUUCUUAUAUUAUUGUUUCGUUUGUAAAUGCAUCGUUAGUACUCUCAGUAGGAGAAACUGUAGAGGAAGUUUCGGAUAGUGGCUUUUCUACUUUUGUCUCUACCAUUUUUGUGCAAUUAUUUUCAAAUAAUUCUAUUGUUCAAGUACAUGCACAAGGCAUUCGACAUAUUCGACCUGAUUUACAAACCGUUCAUGAAUGGAAACCACCAAAAGGAUUGUUUAUUCAAGUGGCAGAUGGAAAUGCUUCUCAGUUGGUCAUCAUUUUGAAUAGCAAACAGUUGUUAUACUUUGAAUUGGAUGAAACAGGAAUGUUGACUGAAAUUCAGGAAGUGGAGCUUAUUCAAGAUCAAUCGUAUGAGUCUUCAUCUUUCUUACCUUGUGUUUCUAUUGCUCCUUUAGUUGCUGGACAAUCCAAAGCUUCAUUUGUUGCCGUUAGUGAUGGAAUUUCUUAUUAUACCCGCUUGUAUUCUUUGAAAAAGGAAUCUUGUUUGAAACCUAUUUCUUUACAAGCUUUGGAUACGGUUGCCAAUUCGGUAUUGUUGAUUGGGUUAAGUGCCCCAGCGUCAUCGAGAAGUGAACUUGUGUUAUUGAUUGGUUCUCAUUCCGGUAUUUAUAUAAGAGCCUUGGUGGACCCCAUUACGGGAGCCUUGAGUGAACAACAAAGUCGUCUUGUGGGUACUCAACCCGUUCGAUUACAACGAAUUGAAAUUCAAGGAAAGCCAGUUGCUUUGGUAGUUUCUUCACGUUCCUAUUUGGUAUAUUUAGACAAUCAUUUAUUGUUACAAACUUUACCGAUUGGUUAUGACUGGGUAUUCGAUCAUGUGGUAGGUUUUUGUUCUGAACAAUGUCCAGAUGGAGUGAUUGCUUGUUGUGGCUCUUCAUUGUGUAUUUUAUCCUUUGAAGAAGACAGAGACUUGUUUCAAACCACUCAUUUAUUUCAUAGCGAUACACAACCCAGUUUAUAUACUCCACGAAGACUAGUCGAUAGGGAAGAUAUUCUAUCUUCUUCUAUAACAAACUAUACGAGGAAUAGAAUAUUAACAUUGGAAUGUGAUCAACAGAUUGUUAUUUCUCCUCAAGACAUUGUAUCCCAUUCUAGCUCAUUACGUCAAACAGGAUAUCCAUUAGGUCCUAUUGGAAGUUGGAGUUGUGCUAUUCAACAAAUGACUUUUAUGGAUAACCAAUUUCCUAAUCAUGAAGACCCAGUUGAGUCUACCAGUUGUCGUUGGCAACAGAAAUGUGAAAUAUACAAUUCAGAAACCAAAGAAUACAUAAGUAGCAUAUGUUGUAUUCGUUUUUCUCAUGAUUCGAGUAGUUUAUAUUUGUGUGUUGGUGUUGUUAUGGAUUAUGCCUUGCAAGUUACCAAUCCAUUGGAGAAGAAUCCUACCAAAGAUAAUAUCGAUAUUCAAAGAGAGUCGAUUGUAUUUCCACGCAGUGAAAUUCGAGUCUAUCGAUGGAAUGAAACUCAAUGGGAAUAUAUUCAUACAACUCCUAUUCAGGAUGCUUCUUCUCAUAGAAUGGAAUGGAAUUAUGAUUAUGGAGCUUCUCAUUUAUCUUUUCAUGCAGCUUCACGUUAUCGAAAUGAAAUCAUCACAACUAUGGCAUCUUUUCAAGGUCAUCUAUUGGUAGCUGUGGGUACCAGUCUUAGAAUGUAUGACUUGGGAAAGAAACAAUUGUUAAAAAAGACUCAACAUCCUAGAGCUACUCCUCAUAAAAUAACUUGUAUAGAAACUUGUUAUGAUCGUAUAUUCUUAAGCGAUGUACAAGAAAGUGUAUUUCUUUAUCGUUAUUCGGCAGCUGAUAAUCUAUUUUUAUGUAUAGCGGAUGAUUAUUUACCCAAAUGGUGUACAACUAUGUGUUUAUUGGAUUAUGAUACGGUAGCUAUUGGAGAUAAAAUGGGUAACAUUAGUAUCCUAAGACUACCACCAGAAGCUGGAACCUUUAUAGAACAAGAUCCAACUGGAGGUUUAUUAUCUAAAGAAGCACCUCAUCAUUUUCAAUUGGAAGCUUGUUAUUAUGUUGGAAGUGUCAUUCAAUGCUUAUCUAAAGUGGAAUGGACCACAGGAGAUGUGCCUUUAUUAUUUUAUGGUACAUUGGAUGGAGCUAUAGGAGUAAUGAUUCCUUUACGUUCUACUUUGGAUAUGGAAUUAUUUCAAGCUUUAGAACUGCAAUUGCGUGAAUAUCGUUCUCCUUUAUGUGGAAGACAUCAUUUGGCUUAUCGUUCUUAUUUCUUUCCCGUUCGACAUGUCAUCGAUGGUGACCUUUGUGAAGAAUUCUAUCGACUCUCAUUGGAACAACAAGAAAAGAUUGUCAAAGAAUUGGAUCGUUCCAUUGUCGAUGUCCAUAGGAAAUUGGAAGACUAUCGUGAAAGGAGCCCCCAUCACCAUCCACCAAACGAAGCCCAGUGGCGGAAACAACAUGGUGGCGGCGAUAAGGCAUCCAAAACUUCUUCCUUGUGGGUAUUCCAAUAAAGUCUUGGAGGACAAGAAAACUCAUCCCUACUAGUAGUAAUAGAUGGGUAUGGUUGAAAAGUGAAGCUUUGAUAAUGAUUCA